AGUUGUGCUGGGUGUCACAAAACCUCUCCAUUGCCUCCUUUAGUUUCAGACCGGGCUGGGCUGUUCAUCCCAAACGGCUGCACGAUUUUUUUUGUCCUGGUUAAGUUUGUAAGGUUUUCGGGAGGUGUGGGACAGGAGGAGGGGCAUUUGUGUGCGUGAGGUUGAGGGGGGAGAUGCUGCUUUUGAAUGGACAGAACGGAACAAUCGCACCGCAGCAUGAGCGUGUCUUGUGAGAGCGCUGGAUAGGGUCGGAGACCUUUCGCAUUUCACAACUGGAUGUCUUUUGUUUUAAUGUGCGCCGCGGAGGCAGGAGUGUAAAGGGAUUGUGUGCGGAUCCCUUUCUUUCUUUUUUUCUCCGUCCGUCCCUUUCUGUGGUUUCCCGGGAGGUUUGAAGGAAUCUGGAAAUAGUUUCCCUCUCGGUCAGGGAUCAUGGAUUUGGAGUGGGAGUCCGGGGGGCCCGACGGCUUUUAUCAGGAGCCCAGUUACCCUGCGCAAAUGCCCUUCAACUAUAACCAACUCGAGGGGCGCUUCAAACAGCUGCAAGAUGAGCGAGAGGCCGUGCAGAAGAAGACCUUCACCAAAUGGGUGAACUCUCACCUGUCGCGCGUGUCCUGCCGGAUCACGGAUCUGUACAUGGACCUGCGAGAUGGACGGAUGCUCAUCAAGCUGCUGGAGGUUCUGUCAGGAGAGAGACUGCCGAAGCCAACGAAGGGUCGUAUGCGAAUCCACUGCCUGGAGAACGUUGACAAGGCCUUGCAGUUUCUGAAAGAACAGCGGGUUCACCUGGAGAACAUGGGCUCUCAUGAUAUCGUCGACGGCAAUCACAGACUCACGCUCGGUCUUAUCUGGACCAUCAUCCUCCGUUUCCAGAUCCAGGACAUCAGUGUGGAGACAGAAGACAAUAAAGAGAAGCGUUCAGCUAAGGAUGCUCUGCUGCUGUGGUGUCAGAUGAAGACCGCAGGCUAUACCAACGUCAACAUCCACAACUUCAGCACCAGCUGGAGAGACGGCAUGGCUUUCAAUGCCCUCAUUCACAAACACAGACCGGACCUGAUCGAUUUUGACAAACUGAAGAAGUCCAAUGCUCACUACAACCUGCAGAACGCUUUCAACCUGGCCGAACAGCAUCUGGGUCUCACCAAACUGCUGGAUCCAGAAGAUAUCAGCGUUGACCAUCCCGAUGAGAAAUCAAUCAUCACUUACGUCGUCACAUACUACCAUUAUUUCUCCAAGAUGAAGGCUUUGAAGGUGGAGGGCAAGCGUAUCGGAAAGGUGCUCGAUAACGCCAUUGAGACGGAAAAGAUGAUCGAGAAAUAUGAAUCUCUGGCGUCGGAUCUUCUGGAGUGGAUUGAGCAGACCAUCAUCAUCCUCAACAAUCGCAAGUUUGCAAACUCUCUGGUGGGAGUCCAGCAGCAGCUUCAGGCCUUUAACACAUACCGCACGGUGGAGAAACCGCCCAAAUUCACUGAGAAAGGGAACCUGGAGGUUCUUCUGUUCACCAUCCAGAGCAAAAUGAGAGCCAACAAUCAGAAGGUGUACAUGCCCAGAGAGGGCAAACUCAUAUCUGACAUCAACAAGGCGUGGGAGCGUCUCGAGAAGGCCGAGCACGAGCGAGAGCUGGCGCUGAGGACCGAGCUCAUUCGGCAGGAGAAGUUGGAACAGCUCGCUCGACGCUUCGAUCGCAAGGCCGCCAUGAGAGAGACCUGGCUGAGCGAGAACCAACGCCUCGUCUCCCAGGACAACUUUGGAUUCGACCUCCAGGCCGUUGAGGCAGCUACCAAAAAACAUGAAGCCAUUGAGACAGACAUUGCGGCAUACGAGGAGCGCGUGCUGGCGGUGGUCGCCGUGGCGAAGGAGCUGGAGGCGGAGAACUAUCACGACAUCAAGCGCAUCGCCGCUCGUAAAGAUAACGUCCUGCGUCUGUGGGAGUAUCUGCUAGAACUCCUGAAGGCUCGCAGACAGCGGCUGGAGAUGAACCUCGGCCUCCAGCGUGUCUUCCAGGAGAUGCUCUACAUCAUGGACUGGAUGGAUGAGAUGAAGAUGUUGCUUCUCUCUCAGGAUUAUGGGAAACACCUUCUGGGUGUUGAAGAUCUGCUACAGAAACAUGCUUUGGUGGAGGCCGACAUCGCCAUACAGGCCGACCGCGUGCGAGCAGUCAACACCAACGCUCAGAAGUUUGCUGUGGAUGAGGAAGGCUACAAGCCCUGUGACCCUCAGGUCAUUCGUGACCGUGUGGCUCACAUGGAGUUCUGCUACCAGGAGCUGACCCAACUGGCGGCCGAGCGUCACGCUCGCCUGGAGGAAUCCCGUCGCCUCUGGAAGUUCUUCUGGGAGAUGGCCGAGGAAGAGGGCUGGAUCCGUGAGAAAGAGCAGAUCCUGUCCUCGGACGACUGCGGUAAGGAUCUGACGGGUGCCGUGCGUCUGUUGAGUCAACACCGUGCCCUCGAGGACGAAAUGAGCGGUCGGGCCGGUCACCUCCAGCACACGGUGCGUGAAGGUCAAGCCAUGGCCGACGCGGGCCACUUCGGCGAGGCCAAGAUCCGUGAGCGCAUCGCUGACGUGCAGGCGCAGUGGGCCGCUCUGGAACAGCUGGCCGCCGUGAGGAAAGCUCGUCUGGAGGAGGCUUGUAGUCUUCACCAGUUCCAGGUCGACGCCGAUGACGUGGACGCCUGGACCCUGGACGCCCUCCGAAUCGUCUCCAGUGCCGACGUGGGGCACGAUGAAUUCUCCACUCAAGCUAUGGUGAAGAAACACAAGGACGCGUCCGCCGAGGUCGCUAGUUACCGGCAGGUGAUCGACGCACUUCACGAACAGGCCCAAGCACUGCGACCUGAACAGGCGCAGGCCGGCAACGUCAGCGAGCGACUGUCGGGUAUCGAGGAGCGUUAUAAGGAGGUGUCCGAGCUGACCCGACUGAGGAAACAAGCCCUGCAGGACGCCCUGGCACGGUAUAAGAUGUUCAGCGAGGCGGACGCGUGUGAACUCUGGAUCGAUGAGAAGGAACAGUGGCUGAACAGCAUGGAGAUCCCAGAGAAACUUGAGGACCUUGAGGUCAUUCAGCACAGGUUUGAGAGUUUGGAGCCGGAAAUGAAUAACCAGGCAUCACGUGUGGCCGUGGUGAAUCAGAUCGCCCGACAACUGAUGCACAGCGGACACCCCAGUGAGAAAGACAUCAAAGCCCAACAAGACAAACUCAACACCAGAUGGAGUCAGUUCCGUGAUCUGGUGGACCAGAAGAAAGAAUCCCUGAACUCCGCUUUGGGCGUUCAGAACUACCACCUCGACUGCAAUGAGACCAAAUCCUGGAUCCGCGAGAAGACGAAAGUUAUCGAGUCCACCCAGGAGCUGGGCAACGACCUGACGGGCGUGAUGGCCCUCCAGCGCAAACUCACGGGCAUGGAGCGUGACCUGGCCGCCAUCGAAGCCAAACUGGGCGAUCUCCGCGGCGAGGCCGACCGUCUGGGCGACGAACAUCCAGACCAGGCCAAAGCCAUCACGGGCCGUCUGGCCGAAAUCAACUCGGUUUGGGAGGAGAUGAAGGAAACCCUGCACAACCGUGAGGCGUCCCUCGGGGAAGCCAGCAAGCUGCAGCAGUUCCUCAGGGAACUGGACGAUUUCCAGUCCUGGCUGUCCCGAACGCAGACGGCCAUCGCCUCUGAGGACAUGCCCAACACGCUUGCUGAGGCCGAGAAGCUGCUGGCCCAGCACGAGGGCAUCAAGAACGAGAUCAAUAACUAUGAAGAGGACUAUCAGAAGAUGAGAGACAUGGGUGAGAUGGUGACCCAGGGUCAGACGGACGCUCAGUACAUGUUCCUGAGACAGAGGCUUCAGGCUUUGGAUACGGGCUGGAAUGAGCUGCAUAAGAUGUGGGAGAACCGUCAGAACCUCCUGUCGCAGUCUCAUGCCUAUCAGAUCUUCUUGAGAGACACCAAACAGGCCGAGGCUUUCCUCAACAACCAGGAGUAUGCUCUGGCCCACACUGAGAUGCCCACCACACUGGAAGGGGCUGAAGCUGCUAUUAAGAAACAAGAAGACUUCAUGACCACCAUGGACGCCAACGAGGACAAGAUCAAUAGUGUUGUAGAGGCUGGACGGAGACUGACCAGUGAUGGAAACAUCAACGCUGAACGCAUCCAAGAGAGAGCGGCAUCAAUCGAUGAUCGACACAAGAAGAAUCGUGAGGCGGCUGUGGAGCUGCUCAUGAGACUGAAGGACAACAGAGAUCUGCAGAAGUUGCUGCAGGACUGUCAGGAGCUCACCCUGUGGAUCAAUGAGAAGAUGUUGACGGCACAGGACAUGUCGUACGAUGAAGCUCGUAACCUGCACAGCAAAUGGCUGAAACAUCAAGCGUUCAUGGCAGAACUUCAGUCCAACAAAGAGUGGCUGGAUAAAAUCGAGAAGGACGGAAAGCAGCUGGUGUCAGAGAAGCCCGACACCGAAGCCGUAGUGAAGGAGAAGUUAUCGGGACUGCAGAAGAUGUGGACUGAGCUGGAAUCCACCACACAGACUAAAGCUCAGUGUCUGUUUGAUGCCAACAAAGCCGAGCUGUUCACGCAGAGCUGCGCAGAUCUGGACAAAUGGCUGCAUGGCCUGGAGGGACAAAUCCAAUCUGACGACUACGGCAAAGAUCUGACCAGCGUCAGCAUCCUACUGAAGAAACAACAGAUAUUGGAGAAUCAGGUGGAGGUGCGUCAGAGGGAGGUGGAUGAGCUUCAGUCUCAAGCUCACGUGCUCCGGCAGGAGGGAAAAGACACGGAUGAGGUGGACGGACGCCGGGAAGUGGUGGAGCAGAAGUUCCAGGAGCUGUUGGAGCCGCUGAUAAAGAGGAAGAAGUUCCUCAUGGCCUCUCGUGAGAUCCAUCAGUUCAACCGUGACGUCGAGGACGAGAUCCUCUGGGUUGAGGAGAGGAUGCCACUGGCUACAUCAACCGACCAUGGCAACAACUUACAGACUGUUCAGCUGCUUAUCAAGAAGAACCAGACACUUCAGAAGGAGAUCCAGGGUCACCAGCGGCGCUGUGAUGACAUCUUCGAGCGCAGCCAGGGCAUCCUGAAAGCCGACAGUCCGAACGUGGAGGCGAUCCGAGCGCGUCUGGCCGAUCUGCAGCAGCUCUGGAGUCUGAUCAUGCAGGAGACGGAGAAGCGGCACAGCCGUCUGGAGGAGGCACACAAAGCCCAGCAGUAUUACUUUGACGCGGCUGAAGCCGAAGCUUGGAUGAGCGAACAGGAACUUUACAUGAUGUCUGAGGAGAAGGCCAAGGAUGAGCAGAGUUCAGUGGCCAUGUUGAAGAAACAUCAGAUCUUGGAGCAGGCGGUGGAGGAUUACGCAGAGACUGUACAUCAGCUGUCCAAGACCAGCCGAGGACUGGUGGCCGCCAACCAUCCCGAGAGCGAGAGGAUCGGCAUGCGUCAGUCGCAGGUGGAUAAGCUGUACGCCGGACUGAAGGACCUGUCAGAGGAGAGGAGAGGUAAACUGGAGGAGAGAUUCCGUCUCUUCCAGCUGAACCGGGAGGUGGAUGACCUGGAGCAGUGGAUAGCCGAGAGAGAAGUCGUGGCCGGAUCUCACGAACUGGGCCAAGAUUACGAACAUGUUACUAUGUUGCAGGAACGUUUCCGUGAAUUUGCCCGAGACACUGGAAACAUCGGCCAGGAGCGUGUGGACGGUGUGAACCGCAUGGCCGACGACCUCAUCAACGCCGGUCACACAGACGCAGCGACGGUGGCCGAGUGGAAAGACGGUUUGAACGAGGCCUGGGCGGACCUGCUCGAGCUCAUCGACACACGUACGCAGAUCCUGGCCGCUUCCUACGAGCUGCACAAAUUCUACCACGACGCCAAGGAGAUUCUAGGCCGCAUCCUGGACAAACACAAGAAACUUCCGGAAGAGCUGGGACGUGACCAGAACACGGUGGAGACCCUGCAGAGGAUGCACACCACCUUUGAGCACGACAUUCAAGCGCUCGGGACGCAGGUAAGACAGCUACAGGACGACGCCGUGCGUCUGCAGUCGGCGUACGCCGGAGACAAAGCCGACGACAUCCAGAGGCGAGAGGGUGAGGUGCUGGAGGCCUGGCGCUGUCUUCUGGAGGCCUGCGAGGGCCGGCGGGCGCGACUGCUCGACACCGGAGACAAAUUCCGCUUCUUCAGCAUGGUGCGUGACCUCAUGCUGUGGAUGGAGGACGUCAUCCGUCUCAUCGAGACUCAGGAGAAGCCCAGGGACGUGUCCUCUGUGGAGCUCCUCAUGAACAACCAUCAGGGCAUCAAGGCGGAAAUCGACGCCCGAAACGACAGCUUCACCGCAUGCAUCGAGCUGGGAAAAUCUCUCCUGGCACGCAAACACUACGCUUCGGAGGAGAUUAAAGAGAAGUUGCUUCAGUUGACGGACAAGAGGAAAGAUAUGAUUGACAAGUGGGAGGACAGAUGGGAGUGGCUGAGACUGAUUUUGGAAGUGCACCAGUUUUCGCGGGACGCGGGAGUGGCAGAAGCGUGGCUGCUGGGACAGGAGCCGUACCUGUCCAGCAGAGAGUUGGGACAGAGCGUGGACGAGGUGGAGAAACUCAUCAAACGACACGAAGCCUUCGAGAAAUCGGCUGCAACCUGGGAGGAGCGCUUUUCGGCGCUGGAACGACUGACUACGUUGGAGUUAUUGGAAGUGAGAAGACUGCAAGAGGAAGAAGAGAGAAGAAGGAAGCCACCCACACCAGAACCUGCACAGGACACAGACGCACAACAGCGAGACGGAGAGCAGAUCGCUCAGAACGGACUUCCGUCCGACCAGGACUCUCCACGGGAUGGGGUGGAGGGUGAGAUGAACGGGGUGCCUGAGAAAAGCUCAAAGGAGGGGAGUCCCGUCCCAUCUCCGACCGCGGAAAGACGAGCCAAAGGCAGCCAGUCGUCCACGCUGCCCGCUAAAGGCCAGGACUCCCCGACUGCUCAGCUCGAGGGAUUGUUACAUCGCAAACAUGAGUGGGAGGGUCACAACAAGAAAGCGUCCAACAGAUCUUGGCAUAACGUGUACUGUGUCAUCAAUAAUCACGAGAUGGGCUUCUACAAAGAUAAUAAGACAGCGGGUCAGGGCAUUCCGUAUCACAAUGAGAUCCCCAUCAGUCUGAAAGAGGCCGUCUGUGAGGUCGCUGUCGACUACAAGAAGAAGAAGCAUGUUUUUAAACUCAGACUUACUGAUGGAAACGAGUAUCUCUUCCAAGCCAAAGAUGAUGAGGAGAUGAACACAUGGAUUCAGGCCAUUCAGAAUGCCGGCAGCGCUUCUUCAUCCUCCGAGAAAACCGAGAUCACGCCUAGCAACCAGAGCACCCCGGCCUCCAGCCGCGCCCACACGCUCCCGGCAACCGUCACCCUGAUGACCGAGUCCAGCCCCGGCAAGCGCGAGAAAGACAAAGAGAAGGACAAAGAGAAACGCUUCAGCCUGUUCAGCAAGAAGAAGCAGUAGACGGCAGCCUGAAGGGAUUCUCUCAUUUCCCAAUUCUUUUACAAGUUCUCUUAAUUUGGUUUCUCUCUCCGUUGUCAUUUUGUUUGUGUCUGCCCACCUCCAGUGAUAUCCCAGCAUGCAAUGCUCAUGACGAUGCUACACUCCGUGCCUAGACACCCCACUAAUUGGGUUCCAAAGUUGUACAAAAAUAGAAAGAUGGAUGUGCUCAAAAUAAGAAGUGAUUUCUAGCUAGAGCGCGCCGUGCUUUGGGAACUGAUUCCCGAUUCGAAUCCCAAUUGUUUCAAAGACCAGAUGUGUUUUUUACGCUCUUACGUUGUCGUUGAUUUUGAAAUCCACCGUACGAUUCCUGAAUAUCGCUAUCUCUCAGUUUUUGUAAUCGCGUGUCAUUGAGGGCUCCGGAUAUUUAAAACAUUUUCCUCAAUUUUGUGAGGCUGUCUUGGAGAGUCGACGAAUCUCUCUUGGUUGUUAGGGAACAAGACAGUGUGAUGCUUCGAAACGAUUCCAUUUCCCGCAUCCGCCCGCAGGUGUCGGGAACAAUAAAAUUCCACAUCGCAGAAUUCCAUUUACAAGUAGCUAUGCCAAGUGUUGUCCAAAUUUGCCUUUUAACGAUUAUAAGCUAUUGAAAUAAGAUACUUGCUAACAUGAACGUAGACUAACGUGUGCUUGAGGGUCUUGUAUGAUUCGAUCAAAUGAAGGUGGGUCGUACCAUACGCUUUUAUGAGCUGUAAGAAUGUUUGCUAUAUACAGAAGAAUCAUUUUACAUCAUGUUUUUCCUCAUUUGUUUGUUUGCUUUUGUCAUUUCUCUUGGGUUUUAUCAUAAUAUAUGUUUCAAAUAAUUCUAGUACAGAGUAUAAAAAUUAGAUGUAUUAUAAACACUUAAGGCAUCAAUGUUAAGUGAACAGUGGAACAUUUACUGGUAAAAAGGUAAAGUUACUCCAACAAAAAAUGUGUAAAAAAGAACAAAAAAAAAAUGAAUACGGUUACUUGCUUGUGGGCUUUAGCACUGAACAUGAUCUUUCCUCUUUCUUUUCUGGUUUGGCUUCAUCUUGCUGUCCUGCUCUUUGAUACAUAGUGCGCAUCCCUCCGUCACUGUAUCUAUUGUAAUGAAACCUUUCAUCUACUGCACAAUCAAAAGCAACAUAUUAGGAAUGAAAUACUUUGCGAUGUCGGGCGUCCUGAGCGCGUAUAGAGACCUCCGGCCCGACGCUCAAAUGUAUGAAACUGCACCUGUAGACUUUGACCCCCGCUCCCCCCGCCCUGUUAAAUAUGUGCGAUGUCAUUAAAUGCUUUUAAACAUUA